AUGGUUCCCGAGGCUGCCAAGCCGUCUGGUAGGGUCAUUCACGCGGUCCAGGCUAUCCCAUUCGAGUGCUACCUCGACAAGGAAUCAAAUUGGUCACUCAAGGCCCGUCGCGGAAAUUCCGCACUGUACUCUGCGAUUCGCUGGUUGGGCGCCGAGACGAAUUGGGAUACCCUUCUCGUUGGAUGGACGGGUGAGAUCAAGCAGGCGAGUCAAACUGGUUUGCCUGUAGACGAUAACGUCGAGGUCUCUGUUUCUGCUGAACAGAAGGAGGGGUUGACGCAGGCUUUGAAGAAGACGGAUAAGAAGGAGCAGGAGAUCGUUCCAAUUUGGAUGUUGAAGGAUGGUGAGGGAGAGUCAGUUACGAAGCAGAAGAGGUACAGGGAGUAUGCCGAGAACCUCCUUUGGCCGCUUUUCCAUUACAUUGUUUGGUCUGAGGUUACUGAUGGCCGUAAGGAGAAGAUUUGGUGGAAGGAGUACAUCAAGUUCAACCAGAUCUUUGCCGACAAGAUUGUGGAGAUUUACCAGCCUGGAGACGUGAUUUGGGUUCACGAUUACCACCUUCUUCUUCUCCCGCAGAUGCUUCGUCAGAAGUUGCCUCAUGCGUUUAUUGGCUCGUUCUUGCAUGCGCCUUUCCCUUCGUCAGAGUACUUCCGCUGUCUGCCACAGAGGAAGGAACUGCUUGAGGGUAUGCUUGGUGCGAACAUGCUCGGAUUCCAGACCUACUCUUACAGCCGUCACUUUAUUUCGUCGUGUACGCGCGUUCUUGGAGUCGAAUCUACUGCGCACGGUGUAGAUGCUCACGGUGCCCGUGUCGCGGUUGAGGUCUUCCCCAUUGGUAUCGAGACCACCCGUGUUGAGAGGGAAAUGCACCUCCCUGGCGUUCAGCCCAAGAUGGAGACCAUUCGCGACCUCUACGCCGGAAAGAAGAUCAUCGUCGGUCGUGACCGCCUGGAUGCCGUCCGUGGUGUUACGCAAAAGUUGCAGGCGUUCGAGCGCUUUUUGGAGUCGUACCCCGAGUGGCGCGGAAAGGUCGUUUUAAUUCAGGUUACUACGCCGGCUGGAUACCCCUCUACUAAGGUCGAGCGUCGUGUUUCGGAUUUGGUUGCGCAUAUUAACGGAACGUACGGUUCGCUUCAUUUCACGCCCGUGCACCAUUACCACCAGACUCUCGAUACCGAGGAGUACUUUGCCCUCUUGAGGGUUGCUGAUUUGGGUCUCAUUACCUCCGUCCGCGACGGUAUGAACACCACUUCGUUGGAGUACGUCGUUUGUCAGAAGGAGAAUGCCGGCCCUCUUAUUAUUUCUGAGUUCUCCGGUACUGCCGGUUCGUUGGGUGAUGCUAUUCACGUUAACCCAUGGGACUUUGCUGGUACCGCUAAGGCCAUCAACGAGGGUCUUUCCAUGUCUGAUGCGGACAAGAAGACCCGUCAGGAGGCUUUGUACAGGAAAGUUACUGCGCAUUCCAUGCAGGCAUGGUGCUCUACGUUCUUGAAGCGUUUGUUUGCGAACGUCACCAGCUUCGACGUCUCUUCGCAAACUCCUGCGCUCGACAGGGCUCUCGUCAUUGACACUUACAAGAAGGCGCAGAGACGUUUGUUGAUGUUUGACUAUGAUGGUACUCUGACGCCGAUCGUGCGUGAUCCCGCAGCUGCUGUUCCUACGGAUAAGAUGUUGCGUUCCCUCAAGCUUCUUGCUGCCGAUCCCAAGAACCAGAUUUGGAUCAUCUCUGGGCGGGAUCAGAAGUUCUUGGAGGAGUGGAUGGGUGAUAUUCCCGGACUCGGUUUGUCUGCCGAGCACGGAUCUUUCAUUCGUAAGCCUCGAUCGGAGGAGUGGAUCAACCUUACCGAGAAGCUGGAUAUGUCUUGGCAGAAGGACGUCAUUGAUAUCUUCCAGUACUUCACUGAGAGAACUCAGGGAUCGUUCAUUGAGAAGAAGAGGUGUGCGGUGACGUGGCAUUACCGCCGUGCGGACCCUGAGUAUGGUGCUUUCCAGGCUCACGAAUGUCAGGCUCAUUUGGAGUCUGUCGUUACCUCCAAGUUGCCCGUUGAGGUCCUUAUCGGCAAGGCCAACCUCGAGGUCAGACCCGAGUCUAUCAACAAGGGUGAGGUUGUCAAGAAUCUCGUUGACGCCUACGGUGCCGAGGCGCCUGACUUCGUCUUCUGUGCCGGUGACGACAAGACUGAUGAAGACAUGUUCCGGGCGCUGAGAAUCGCGGAUACGGUCAAGAACGAGCACUCCUUCCCCACCACUGUCGGUCCUUCGAGCAAGAUCUCUUUGGCUAGCUGGCAUGUGAAUGAGCCCCAUGAUAUUGUGCAGAUCAUUGGUGUUUUGAGCGGGAGUGUGAACGAGAGUGCGAUUCAGCAGAAGGCGGCUGCUGCGACGGAAGCGGAGUAA